AUGACCGACGUUUCACUAUCAUCUGCCGAACAGGAUCUUCUUAACCAGGGCCUUGAAUAUUCCGCACCUCUCAAGCCUUCUCCUGUACUUUUAGACUCGUUCACCUCACAUAUUGAGAACAUUUUUAAUCGGUGCAGAUUAGAAAAUUUGGCCACCAUAACAUUAGAGACAACUAACAUCAUCAAAUCCUUCUUAAGACAUCAAACUACAAAAUUUGGGAGUUCUUCCUAUGUCAUAAAAUCAUUGUUGAACAAAAUCAACGUAAACAAUCUCUUGGUCACCAAAGCUGACAAGGGCAACUGCACCGUGAUCAUGAGAAAGUCUGAUUACAUUUGCAAAACUGAAGACUUCCUAAAUUCAACAGAUUUCGACACAACCCCCAAAGAUCUCACACCUGGUUUUCUUAAGAAGGUAAAUUCUACCAUCAAACAAAAUAAAGAUAUUUUGCAACUUUUCAAUUUUAGAAUAAAUUGGCUUACCUCGUCUGUACCGGUCACUCCUCUGUUAUAUAGUUUGCCAAAGAUCCACAAACCAGGCAUACCCGUUCGCCCAAUCGUUUCCUUUGUUGGCACCCCUGCCCACGGCUUGUCUUCCUUCCUCUGUGAUGUUUUUCAACGCCAUUUAGAUAACAGAUCAGAAUUCUCUAUCAAAAAUUCUUCAGAACUGGUGCAUCAGAUCAAAGACCUCAAAUUUCCCGAGGGAGCAACCAUGGUCUCCUUCGAUAUAGUCAACUUAUACCCAUCUACUCCACCGGUUGAAGCCGCUGAAUUAAUCAACCAACUUUUGGCCUUUUCCGAUCUUAGCGACGAUGUUGUGUCUUCUCUCUCAGCUUUACUAAAAGUUUGCCUGGAGCAGAACAUUUUCAAAUUCAACAACCGAUUUUACAUCCAAAAAAACGGCCUAAGUAUGGGAUCUCCUCUGGCGCCAUUGCUUGCAGAGUGUUUUCUUAAAUAUCUUGAAAAUAAACUCAAGGACACUAACUUGUUCAAAAAACACAUUCUAUUUUGGAGACGCUAUGUGGACGACAUUUUUUGCAUCUUUCUGGGAGAUCAAUCUGACCUCAAUAUGUUCCUAGAUUUCAUUAACACACUGCAUCCUAGAAUCACCUUCACCGUUGAAGCACAGACAAAUGGAACCCUUCCGUUUCUAGACUUGCUUUUGCGCUCGAGAGAUGAUAAAAUCGAAUUCUCUAUCUACAGGAAGCCCACAACAACUGAUCAUGUGAUCCCUUUCUCAUCAAAUCAUCCACUCCAGUACAAGCUUACCGCCUUCCGUUCCUUCUUCUAUAGACUGUUGACAACUCCAUUGUCCGCUGAAGAUUACGAAACGGAAUACAACAUUAUACUACAAAUAGCACACAACAAUGGCUUCCCUAUGAACUUGGUCCAGAACACUUUUCGCAGGAUUUCCCAUAAGAUCAUGAAUAGACAUAACACCCAUUUAACCCCUAUAUCAGAUGAAAACAUUAUUUUCAAGAGCAUCCCUUAUGUUCCUGGGGUUUCUGAGAGAAUCCAAAAAUACCUAAAAAAGUUCAACAUUCAGAUAUCCUUCAAAGUUGAAAACUCCCUUAGAGCAAUCCUGUCCAGAGGUAAGGAUAAGGUCGACCCAGUCGAGAGAAUGGGAGUCUAUCGGCUGGAAUGUUCUUGUGGUAGUUUCUACAUAGGCCGAUCCUUUAGAAGCAUCAGAACAAGGAUCGAUGAACACUUCAGAGCCAUUAGGACCAACAACCCCAACAAGUCCACUUUCGCGGAGCACAUCCUCUCGAACUCCGGCCACGUUCCUUCGUUGGAGCCCUGCAUCCUGUCACUACCUCAAAACAGAAGUUUAUGUGACUCAUUGGAGAAGAUACAUAUCACAAAGGCAAAACACAACACCCCAACUAAACUUCUGAACACCCAGCAGGAGUUCCCUGAACUGCUUAUUUGUCCGCAUUUGCUCGGCCUUCUCCCAUCGCGAUGA